ACACUAGCAUACGGAAGCAGCUGUGAGCCAGAAGCUGAAGUGUGUUGAUAAUGAGACAGCUCUGCCUGGAAACCAUGUUCAUGAGUGAGAACGUGCAGAGGGCAUGAACUUGAGUCACGGCAAAACCAGAAGACCAAGUGAAAGUACUGAGAUUAUGAGAAGGUACAACUAGGAAGCAAUGACAGAUGGUGUAGAGCAGCUAAUGACUGUGCUGGACUAGAGGACCCACACCUGACCACACGAGAUAACCGUCUCAGAGUUGGUGGGACAUAGGCAUCUGCUAUUCUAUGAAGCUAUGAAGGUUGGACCUGUCCUUUGGCUCUUCUUUCUGCUGGUGGUGGUCUUAUGGAGGGAAGCACAACAGGCCCCAGGGAUUGAAAAGAACUGCGGAGAACAUGAAUAUUUUCACCUGAAACACAAAAAAUGCUGCUCCAAGUGCCCCCCAGGCACUUAUGCCUCCUCCCAAUGCAAUGCUACAUCCAACACAACCUGCACACCGUGCCCUGCGGAUUUCUACAAUGAGAAAUGGAUCUACGCCAAUAGAUGCAAAAUGUGUUGGCCCUGUCCUAAAGAUACAGGACUGGUAGCCACUGUCAAUUGCUCUGCCACCACUGCUACCGAGUGCGGCUGCCAAGAUGGCUUUGUGUGUGAGCUCUACAACCCACUGGGGAAGUGCAUGCACUGCCGACGUGUCACCACCCCCACAACUACAGUGGAAUCCACCACAGAUCACAGGACAAAUGGCGGACAUAUAGAUCCAUCAGACAAUGGUACCCCACUCUGGAUUAUAAUUCCCGUGACUAUUGGCCUGAUCUGUUUAGGACUCAUAAUAUUAUUGCUUGUUACCAAUACUCAUGUUUUGAAGGGAAUAGUUCGUGCCAUGGGCAUCGAGAAGGACAACAAACCAUCGUCCUUAAAUACAGCAGAUGCAAGAACUGAACAAGAUGUAGCUAAGACAGUACUGUUGCCAACGUCCAAGGGAACCCAGAGUACAGACCUGUCCGAAAAUCCUGCAGAAGCAAUCUUAACCUAUGCUGAGAAUAGUCCAAUGCAGACUUGCCACCUCUCGGAGUCUACCAAUUGGCAAAGCUCUGGUUAUGUCUACCCUUUUAAAGUAGCCCCAGGCUGCAAUCCCCACCUUUCCAUUCCAGUUAUGCUUGAUGAUGAUCAUCUUCAUUUUCCCAUACAAGAAGAAACAAACUGCAUCAAAGACUGAAGAUCAAGCAUCUAAAUAAUGAACAGCUCGAGUAGGGAAUCAUGUUACAACCACCCCAUACAAUGGUAAAGUUCAAACCCCGUUCUCUGCAGUUUCAUAAAAAUCUGUCUAUGGAGAGCAGUGGCUCCCAAAGUGGAGGAUGGCCCAGGUUGAAGGAGACAUAAGAGUGCCUUAUAUAUCACUUAGCUAUUCCUGGAAGAUCAGCUUGAAGACGAGAUUUGAGUGUGAAGAUUUACUCCUUAUUCUUGGAACUAUAAGUGAAUAGCUGACACCAUGAUGUCUACAUAAGACUACAAUUUUGUGAUGAGUAGGGUUGCCACGUUUUCUGGAAAAAAAUACCAGCCUUCCUAUAUUUUUAUGGGUUUUCCCUAUAAAUAACAUUGUCAUCAAGCAACAUUUUUAAAUUAAAUACUGGCCAGGUGGCAAACCUAAGGUCCCCUACUUAAAUGAUGGGUCUCAAAGACCUGAACAAGUCUGGAGAACACUGAUGUAGAACAAAUGAGACCUCAACUCAACAAUUUCCAUCCGAUCUUGACUCAGCUGUGGUGGUGGUUUGGAACACAAGCGUGAAGGUCAAUGACGUGGCUGUACAAACUGGUGUCCUAUUGUCCAAGGGCUCCACUGGUUAAUGUGUAUGAUAUCAUUUAUUUAUAAUCUGCUCCCUGAACAUAUGGAUAUUCAGAACUUACCAUGGAAAAUACAGGACUAUGACAAUACAGGAAAAUAUAAAUGUAUGAUCCACUAGUCUCUGUUAUGACCAUGAACCAUGCCAGUUUCUGGAAGGGAAUCUAGUGAAAGAAUACAACCCAACAUCACUCAGGAACAGGGCAGGGCAUCAGUAAUUACGGGGCCCUAUACUACAUAUAACCCCCCAUGAUAUACCCAACCGAUUCCCCACAAUUCACCAAUCCCUGCAAGCUUCUCUUACUACUCCUGAAUGACGCUUUUCUAUCUCAGGGCCCCAACCUUUGGAGGACCUGACCAGGAACUUCUGUUCAUGGAGGAAGGAGAUCACUGUAUAAAUGAGUCAGAAUUCACAAUGUGAUGAUGAAGCAGCGGUGUUUCAUUCUAUAAAUUCAGUUGUAACACUCUUGGGUUUAUGAGAAUGUGUAAAAGGAAAUGAAAAUACACAAGGGAAAAUUCCCUGAGCUUUAAUUGGUUAGAAUGUAAUUUUAUAGGGCAUUUACCAUUUACCUUUUUCCCUGCACAAGCUGUGAAUAACUUCUCUAUAAUCAAGUCACUUGUUCCCAUUAUGUGAGCUUAGGAGAGCAGCAAGUGAUUUAUUGCAUAUUUUAUUGUAUUUAUUUAUAGCUGGAUUCCCUGCAAAAACCUGCCAAACCAGUGCUGCGUAUUGCUCUGUUUAAAGGGCAAAUAUACCUUUAAAUACUUAAGUAAUACAGGUGAAUGGCCAUGGUUGGUAUAGCUUUAUGGCAGCUUUUUGCACAAGCUAUAACAAAACUCCGAGGGAGCUAAAACUCAGGGGUCCAUUUACUAACAAUCAAUUUUCAAUUGUUUCCACGAAUAUCUACAAAUAUGUGGUUGUCUCAUUUAAAAAAAAUUUUUUAUGAAAAUGUUGUAUUAAAAUUUUGUGUUAAAAACACAAAAAUCUCUAAUACGAAACUUCCCAAGGUCCAUUAGAAGUCGAUGGGAGCUGGGCUAAUCCAAUUGGACUGCUCUAAAUCAAUUUGGAAUUUUAGAGGUUUUCUUUUUUUCAUUAGGAAUUGUCCAAAAAACUUUUUAGAGGCUUUAGAGGUUUUUUUUUUUUUAGCUCCGAGUUCUGCAGAAUGUUCUCACAUUUGCAGUUUUAGAGUUUGAGAGUCUAGUUGUGGUUUUAAAAACUAUAAAAAUUAGAUUGUUGAUAAAUAGGCCCCUCAGUCUAGGGUGCCAGUAGGGUCACAGCAAACUGAAUAUACCUCCCCUUGAGUGAAAUGAAUAGGGCCUGUUCUGAAUAUACUUUUUUCCGUUUGUAAAGCGGCAGUUGUCCAUUAAGUUAACUUUUAUGGGGGUAUUUACAGAAACUCAGAUUUUUCCGAAUCAACCUAAUUUAUCAAAAAAUCAGCUUGAAAAAGUCAUUGUGGGAAAAGUCUUGACAAAAUUAGGGAUGCAACAUAUCCCGAAUUUUGGAUUCGGCCAAACCUCUGAAUCCUUCGUGAAAGAUUCGGCCGAAUACCGAACCGAAUCCUAGACAAAAUCAUGCGACAAUUCAAAUCAUACGGCUUUUUCAAAUUUGACUUUUUCGAGUUGCCACCCAAAAACCUUGACUUUUUCGGAUUAUCGAAUGAAACCCAGCGCAGAUGGCGAGGGACAUCUGCCAUUGAUUUCUACAUGAUUUUGACAGGCGUAUUCAGAUUGUUUGCAGC